AUGAAGAAAGAAAACAGAAAUUUGUCAUAUGCAUCAUCGAACUUUUUAAAAAAAAAUAUUAAUGCGAGUAAGCAAGAGAGCUUAAAAAUUAAUGCAAAAGCUAGAGAGCCUUAUAAAGAAAAAGGAAGCAUAAAAGGAGGAAAGGACAAUAUAAUAACUUCCAGAAAAAGUAGUAUAAAUCUAAUAAAGGAAAAUAAUAUAAGUUUAUCAAUAAAUACUAAAAUAAAUGACAAUGAAAAUGUUAUGAUAAAAAAUAAAAUUGAAAUUGAUAAAAAGAGUACUGAAAAAAAUAUCGUCAAUGGAAAAAUUGAUCCAGUAGACAUAAGAAAUUACAGAGACUUAAAUGAUAACAAAAAAAAACAAAAGUCACAACAAGUUAGUAGGGGUAAAUCGCGUGAUGAUAAUAAAAAUUUUAAACAGGUUGAUAGAGAAGAUGUUAUAGAACUGAACAAAAGGAAAGAAAGAGACCAUGAAAAACGAACAAAUGAAGUGAAACAUGAAGAGAUAAAAGAAAACAAAGACAAUAAUAAUACAAAUACAACAAACAGUGUGUGUGAAUUUGCCAUAAGGGUAAAGAGUGCAGGAAAUGCUUCAGAUUUUCCUGAAAAUAAAAAGGAAAAUGUAAAAGAGGAAGAGGAAGAAGGGGAAGUUAUGGAAGAAGCGGAAGAUAUGGAAGAAGCGGAAGAUAUGGAAGAUGCUAAAGAUAUGGAAGAAGCGGAAGAUAUGGAAGAUGCUAAAGAUAUGGAAGAAGCGGAAGAUAUGGAAGAUGCGAAAGAUAUGGAAGACGCGAAAGAUAUGGAAGAUGCGGAAGACACAGAAGAACUAGUUGAUAUUCUGCCUGAAGAUAAUGGCAAUUACGAAAGAGAAUUCACAAAAGGACAUGACAUAAAUGACGAAAAUAGUAGUGACUAUGUAAAUUUUGUAAUCUGUGAAAGGAAUGAACAGAGAGAAGGUACAGAAAAUGAUAAGGAUGAAAACGAAGAGGGGGGAGUUAGAAAAGUAAAACGUAAAGAAGAAGAUGAUGAUAUAUCAUAUGAACAAAAUGAAAUGUAUAAAAGUAUAUUAAAAAAAUUAAAUAUAGAAAAACAGGAAGAAUUAGAAAGCAGUCACAUUAUUAUACUUGGUAAUAAAAAUGUUGGGAAAUCUUGUCUAGUAAAAUCAUUACAAGAAAUAUCUUUUCAAGGGGAUAUAAAUGAUGAAGAAUUGUUUUAUCAAAAUGAUAGUAGCGUGUUGCCAUUAGGUUAUGCUUGUUUAAAGAUAAAAAAUUUAGAAGAAAAUAGAAAAAUAAAAGAAGUGAAAGGAAAUAGUCAUAUAUGGAUAUUGCAACAUUCAUCUUAUAUGAGUUCUCUAAUUAAUAAUUUAAAAAAAUUUAAAAAUAUAAAAAAAAUACUUAUUUUAAUAUGUACUGACUUAUAUAAACCGUAUAAUAUAAUGUCUGACAUAAAUCACUGGGUGGAAAUUCUCUAUGACUUAUUUGAAUCCCUACAUUCUAGUUACAGUUUGGAUGUAAUUAAUAAUCUUAAAGAAAACAUUCAAAAUUAUAUAUAUAAUUACAAGAGGGAUAAUUUUGAAAGAGGAAAGCGGACUGAUCUACGUGGAGAUGAAAGGGGUAGAGAAGAUGACCUUAAAAGUAGUGCCAAAAAUGACACACAAUAUGGUACCAAAAAGGGAGGCGAAAAUGUCUAUAAAAAUGACUGCAAAAAUGACUGCAAAAAUGACUGCAAAAAUGACUGCAAAAAUGACUGCAAAAAUGACUGCAAAAAUGACUGCAAAAAUGACUGCAAAAAUGACUACAAAAAUGACUGCAAAAAUGGCUACAAAAAUGGCUACAAAAAUGGCUACAAAAAUGCACGUAAUGAUGAGGUAUUCGAACGAGAUAAAAAAAGCUUAGUCAAAAUCAACUUGUCCUUUCCCAUAUUUUUUAUUAUAUGUAAAUCGGAUGGAUACGAAAUUUUAAACAACAGAACAUACCAGGGCUAUAUUGACGUUAUAGUUUCCUACUUACGUCAUCUAGCCAUAAACUACCAAGCAGCUAUUAUAUUUUGUAAUACUGUAAAUAAAAAUGAACCGAAAAAUAUACAGCUAUUAUAUAAGUAUAUAAUGCAUCGGAUUUAUAAUUUCCCUUUUACUGAAAAUGCUAUUUUAGAUGACUAUGAAAAAAUAUUUAUACCAUCUGGUUAUGAUGAUAUAGAUUUAAUAAAUCAGUCCAUCGCAAAUACAUUUGUUCAGAAUUUUGAUAAACCGUAUGACUCAAUUAUUGUUCAACCUAUUUCAAAUAAAAGUAUAGUUGAACAUAGUCAAAAUGUUGUAAAUGACAACUAUUUUAACGACUUCUUAGCUAGUAUAUGGUCCGACACAAGUAUUAGCGAGAUUAGAGGCGGUAACGACAUUGUCAGUAAUAGUGCUAUGCGAAUCAGUAGUUCGGCUAUAAGAAACAGUAGUAAUGCUACUAGUAAUAGUAAUAAUAAUGCUAACGGUAAAAAUGAUACUAAUAUCAGUGGUAAAAGUAAUGCAACUGCCAGCGGUAAAGGUAAUACCAAUGCUGGAGAUAAAAGUAACACUAAUGGAAAAUAUACCCCCAACUGUGAUAAUAAUUAUAAUACUACUGCCAAUCCGUACAGCAGUAAAGAAUUAAAAGAGGAAAAAAUAAAGAAAACGAAUCUCAUUUUGAACGAACGCGGUAGUACAUGCAAAGAAAAUAGCUAUCAGAAAAAUGGAAACGAGGAAAAAAAUGAUCAAUCUUUGCAUAGUUUUUUUCAAAACCUUUUGGCUAAAGGAAGGUCAAAGUCGCCUAUUGCUCCAAAUAUUCCGCAAUUAACCUUAGACAAAAAAAAAAAAAAAGAUGUAAACAUAUGA